UGGAUGGGAACGCAAAAGAUAAAAACGGCUUGAACGUACUCCACAUUUUAUGUGCACACAAUUCAACCGCAAAGUUAAUUGAUGCAAUCGAAAAGUUAAUUCUACUCGGAGUCGACGUGAACGGAAAGAGCGACAGAGGCGGACAUAACGCACUCCAUAUUCUCUGCACAUACGGAAAAACCUCAAAUUUAAUUGGGGCAAUCGAAAAGUUAAUCCAACUCAGAAUCGACGUGAACGCAAGGUGCGACAACGGUGCAAACGCACUCCAUUUCCUCUCUAUGUUAAAUUCAUCCUCAAAUUUAAUUGAGGCAAUCGAAAAGUUAAUCCAACUCGGAAUCGACGUGAAUGCAAAGGAUAACGACGGAGAAAACGCACUCCAUUUCCUGUGCAGAUACAAUUCAUCAUCAAAUUUAAUUAGCGCAAUCCACCAUUUACUCCAACUUGGAAUCGAUGUGAAUACAACAAACAACGUCGGACGAAAUGCACUACACAAUUUAUGUGCGAAAAAUUCAAGCCCUUAUUUAACUGAUGCAAUUGCUAUCUUAAUCCAACUCGGUAUUGACGUGAAUGCAAAGAGUGGAAACGGGGUAAACGCACUUCAUUUUCUCUGUACAAACGAAAAAUCUUCAAAUUUAAUCGGGGCAAUCGAAAAGGUAAUCGAACUCGGAAUCGACGUGAACGCAAAGGAUGACCACGGAGCAAACGCACUACUUGUCCUGUGCAGGUCAAAUUCAUCCACAAAAUUAACUAGCGUAAUCGAAAAGUUAAUCCAACUCGGAAUCGAUGUGAACGCAAAGGAUAACGACGGAGUAAACACACUCCAUAUCCUGUGCAUAGCCAAUUCGUCCACAAAUUUAAUUGACGCAAUCGAAAAGUUAGUUCAACUCGGAGUCGACGUGAACGCAAAGAGCGACAGAGGCGGGCAUAACGCACUCCAUUUUCUCUGCGCAAACGAAAAAUCCUCAAAUUUAAUUUAUGGAAUCGAAAAGUUAAUCCAACUCGGAAUCGACGUGAACGCAAAGGAUAACGGCGGAGAAAACGCAUUAUAUUUCCUAUGUGCUAACAAAUCAUCAUCAAAUUUAAUUAGCGCAAUCGACCGUUUACUCCAAGGAGGAAUCGAUGUGUAUGCAACAAACAACGUCGGACGAAAUGCACUACACAAUUUAUGUGCGAAAAAUUCAAGCCCUUAUUUAACUGAUGCAAUCGAAAAGUUAAUCCAACUCGGUAUUGACGUGAAAGCAAAAAGUAACGGCGGAUUAAACGCACUCCAUAUACUGUGCGCAAAAAAUUCAUCCUCAAAUUUAAUUAGAAUUGAGAUUAAAUCAAACCGACUUGACGCACAAAUCCUCUUACGCGACAAUUACAAAAACAACAAUUUGGAGGAAAUCCUAAAACUAUUUGACAAGACAGACUCUGCCAGUAGUUAA